AUGGACCUCAUCGACAUCGAUGAUGAAAACCGUUCACGUGAAAUAACUGCAGAGUACUUAAAUUUCUUGGAUGAUGCGGCGGAAGACCGACUUUAUACUCAAAAAAUUGAAGAAUUAACGAAAGAGAAUGGGACUCGACUCAUUGUUAACUUAAAUGACUUACGGAGAAAAAUUCCAGAACGUACCGACAGGUUACUGAAAGAAUUUGUCGAAGAGGUCAUCUGUUUUGAAAAGGCUUUGAAUGACGUUGUUCAACGCAUAGACCCAGAGUAUGCAAAGGGCCGCGACUUUUCGAUUGGCUUCGAGGGCAGUUUUGGCAGCCGUCAUGUAAACCCUCGUAUCUUAAAGUCCCAAUUCUUGGGAAAUUUGGUUUGCUGUGAGGGCAUAGUGACGAAAUGUUCCGUCAUUCGUCCGAAGGUGGUUAAAAGUGUACAUUUCUGUCCUGCUACAAAAAAGACUUUGGAAAGGAAGUACACUGAUCUGACAAGUUACAAUGCUUUUCCAACGAGUGCCGUGUAUCCGACAGAGGACGAAAACAGAAACCCGUUGGAGACGGAGUAUGGGCUUAGUACGUAUAAAGAUCACCAGUCAUUUACGAUUCAGGAGCUUCCGGAAAGUGCACCUACUGGUCAGCUGCCACGUUACGUAGAUGUAAUUGCUGAUGGGGACCUUGUUGACAUUUGCAAACCUGGAGAUAGACUUCGAGUUAUAGGGCUUUACAGAGUUCUCCCAAGCAAACAAGGAGGAUUUUCAAGUGGAUUUUUCAAGUCAAUAAUUAUCGCGAAUAACAUCCAGCUCUUGAGCAAGGAGAUGGUGCCUAAUUUUGAGUCGGAAGAUAUCAAGAACAUUAGGAAGAUAAGCAAAACCAAAGGUGUUUUUGAUCUGCUUGCUCGCUCUUUAGCUCCAUCAAUUUGUGGUAACGAAGAGGUUAAGAAGGCAGUCCUUUGUCUUCUUUUGGGUGGAACAGAAAAGAUUUUGAGCAAUGGGAGCCGGCUUCGUGGCGAUAUAAAUAUUUUAUUGAUUGGUGAUCCGUCAGUUGCAAAAAGUCAACUGUUGCGGUAUGUAUUGCAUACUGCGCCCCGAGCCAUAGCAACUACUGGGCGGGGAUCGAGUGGUGUGGGAUUGACUGCUGCAGUGUCUACCGAUCCGGACACUGGUGAAAGACGUUUAGAAGCAGGCGCUAUGAUUUUAGCAGAUAGGGGAAUUGUUUGCAUUGAUGAGUUCGACAAAAUGACCGACAUCGACAGGACCGCGAUACAUGAAGUUAUGGAACAAGGUCGAGUAACAAUUGCAAAAGCUGGUAUCCAUGCUAAACUUAAUGCUCGUUGUUCUGUCCUAGCUGCGGCAAAUCCUGUUUUUGGCCGAUAUAAUUUAUAUAAAACCCCAAUGGAGAAUAUCGGGAUGCAGGAUUCGUUGCUGUCCAGAUUUGACUUAAUCUUCGUCUUGUUGGAUGAGCAUGAUCCUGUCCGUGAUUUGACUGUGGGCGAGCAUGUUUUAAAACUUCAUCGGUACCGACCUCUUGGUGAAGCGGAGGGUGCUGUACUUAAUCCAGCUGGUGAAACGCUCUCGACAUUUAAUGUGAGGGAUGAAGAAGUGUCAACGACAAAGGAAAUUUAUGAGAAGAACAAAGAGUGGCUUAAAGAUGACGGGAAGAAAAUUUUAACAAUGCAGUUUGUGAGGAAAUAUAUACAUAUGGCAAAAGCUGUGAAGCCGAAACUGACUUCAUCUGCAGCAGAAUAUAUAAGUGAAUGUUACUCGGAGAUGCGAUCUUUUGAUACUUCUAAAACAGAUCAAGAAAGGACAAUGCCCGUUACUGCUCGACAACUGGAGACUCUAAUUAGGUUGUCAACUGCAAUGGCAAAAACGCGUUUGUCAAGAACUGUAGAUAAAUCGGAUGCGGAAAAUGCAUAUCAGUUGCUGCAUUAUGCUUGUUUCAAGGAGAAGCCGAGAGAAAGGCUUGAGUUAGAAAAGAAGAAGAGCAGAGGGGAUGGAGAGGACGCUUCAGACAGUGAAGAAGAUGUCGACGUGAAUGAGACGACAAAGGUUGACAGUGGUAUGGAUAUCUCAGAAGCAGUGUCUUCUCGAACUAGAAGGGCAAAAAGGGGGGGAGACGAAUUUGAUGGAACGGUUGAUACUGUGGAAAGUCAGCUGUUGGCAGAUUCGUCGGAGACAUCUGAUGAGCCAACACAGCCGCACGCUAAAAAACGGCGCGUUGAGGAAGCUGUUAUUGCAGUUGACAGGUACAAGUUGUUUCGGAAGUUUCUCAGAAAAGCUUUUGAUGAUCUUGGAAGUCCCGAUGUCAUGGUUGAUUUAUCCAUUAUUGUUGAAAGCAUUCAGAAUCAAGCUGGAAAUCAGAAAUUUUCUGACGGUGAGUUGCAAGCUGCCUUUGAGAGGCUUGGCGAUGAGAACAUUGCCAUGGUGGCUGACGGUCAGAUAACGUUGAUAUAG